UCUGCGCAGUGUGGCUCAGCUUAGAGAUCCCAAACAAAACACAUCAGCCUCACCGAGCUGCAGCACAGGACUCUGGACUUCGGAGACCAGACUGCAUUUACUGCUUUAAGGGACCAAUCAAGGGGAGGUGAAAGCAACAAAUUGGAUUUUUUUUUUUUUUUUUCCCCGCUUUCACUUGAUGAUCAUCAGCAGUUUAGGUAAAAGGGUUUCAUUCAUUUCACACAAGAUGAUGACAGAGUUAAAAUAGCCCACAAAUCAAGGAAUUCUCUCGGCAUCAUACGGCUGGAAUAACCACACAUUACUGUAUUUAUACUAUUAGUUUUCCUCCACUGGCGCAGUCCAACUCAGCAGCAGUCGCAUAGGAUGCCAUACAAUCCUAUGGGAAGUGACUCUCGCAGCUUGACAGGCAACAAUCUCAAAGAAACCCGAAGGACGUAAUAUUUGUCCUGCGGAUCUUUUCGGUUUAAAAACGCCUUCCACGAUGGAUGAAGUUACUGUCAGCGAGACCGUCCCAGAUCUGAAAGACAUAGAGGCGAAAAUCGGCCGGAAGACCCCGGAGGGUUUGCUCAGGUGGAUGCGGGAAGAGGCGUCCUCUCUCCGGGCAGACGCCAAGCUGGCCCUCGCGCACGACACCAGUAAGGAGACUGGGAUGAAGAGUUUAGAUGAAAAGAUAAGGAAACUGAGGAUAGAGAUGGCUCACUUGCGCUCGGUGGAUGUUAAAAUCCUGCAACAGCUGCUGGCGGUCCACGAGGGCAUCGAAGCAGUGAAAUGGCUGCUUGAGGAGCGCAGCACACUGACCAGUCGCUGCAGCAGCCUUACCAGCAGUCAGUACAGCCUGGGUGAGGGACCCGACACCUCUUGGAGAGGCUCCUGGAGCAGCUUGCAGGACCCCAAUGACAAGCUAGACAACAUCUCCAUUGGCAGCUACCUGGACACCCUGGCAGACGACAUGGAUGAGUAUUGCCCCUCCAGCUCCGAGUCCGUCAUCUGCUCCACCACACCGCUAGUCUCUGAGGCUACUACUGGUGACCGCACAGCGGGAGGCUCCGGGGCCACAGUCACAGCAACAGUGUUAGGGGUGAAGUCUGGGUCUAGUGCUGGGGUGAAUGAGAAUGGAACUGGGAUUGGAAAUGUGACAGAAGUAAAAGGUGGACCUGGGAAUGGGGUUGGCAGUGCUGCCAUUGGGAAAGGAACUGGUGGAACUGAAAGUGGGAAGCCAGCAGCUCCUGGCAGCUCUCCACAAGCCAAGUCUGAGGGCCCCAAGCAAGGUGCUCCUAUCUGGACCAAGACUGGAGAGAUGAAUAAGGGAAGCCCCGUUUUUAAGAACAGUAUCCAAACAAAAGCUGUUAAAGCUAACGGUGUCCUGGAGAAAUCAACCACACAAAGAGGCAGCCCAACUCGCACCUGCCUCGGUGAGAAGCUGGGAACCAGCCAGAGCCCCAAAGUUAAAGCUUACAAAAAUGGAAAGAUUGACUUGGAUACAUGUAAAUUGAAUGGCAAAAUGCAUCUGGAGUAUGAUGCUCACUGGCGCUGGGUGCAGUCGCAAGAAGAUGUGACGUUUUUGUAAGAAGGAUAAUCACGAAAGGCACUAAAGCCACUAUUGAACACUCCCUCUGCAACAUCAAAAAACAGACAACUGAAGGUUAAAAGAAGAGGGCACUGCUGUUGUGAAAUGCACAUAAUAGGGCUUUCCCUAGUGAAAGACACUGCAUAUGAAGGACAAUUAAGUGUUUAUUCUGUUGUUCCCUCCUGUAACUGCACUAACUUCCUAUAAAACAUUGAUGUCAGUAUUACAGGAUUUUGACCUUAUAUAGCCAAACAGGGGUGCCUCACAAAAUCAACUUUAAAAUCCUGUGUUAUAGAUGUUCUCAGGGUCCUUUUAACAAUCCCUGAUAUUAUUUUGUUUUGUUUUAACUUAUUUUAUUUUAUUUUCCUGCAAAAUAAAGCACAGUGAGACAAUGUGCCAGAGAGCCGAAACAUUAUUUCAGAUUGUUUGACAUAAACUUUAUCAAAAAAAUGAAAAUUUCAACUUGUUUUGACUUAAACUUUCUUAAAUCGUCUAGGAACAAUAUUGCCACCAAUAUACUUAGCCUUUACAAAAAAGAUUGCAGGAUGAGGCCCAGUUAUCAUCUUUGUACAUUAAAUUGAACAUUUUGUGGAUUCUGUAUGAAAGUAAUUCCCAACUUUUUAUCUUUGAUCAAAUUAGCUGGUAAUAAGUGUAGUUCAACUAGACAACAAAACAUGUACUCCUGCAUUGUUUAAUUUGAAGGGGUAUUAGAAGAUUAUAUAGACAAAAAUGUUGGGCCACAGAGUCUCUUAAUCAUUGAAUUCAUCCAUUUUAGGUCCCAUUGCCAAACCUCCUCUGGCAUUAACAUCAGCACAAACACUGUGCACCAGGAGCUUCGUGGCAUAGGUUUCCAUGGCUGGGAAGCUCUUGCAGGUGUAAUGUGUAGGUGGUGCCAGUACUUUUGUCCAUAUCGGGACUAUUACUUCACAAGUAAAAAGCAAAAAUGGGACAGGAAAUAACCAAAAGCAUUGUGUAAUGAAUUAGUAUUUGUUCUGUACUCUUCAAAUUUACCUUGGGACUAUUUUGAAGGGUCCUGACGCUGAGGUUGGAAAUGACUACCACACUCCACAAACAACAGCUUUAAUGAACCCCAGUGUACUCCAUUUAAGAUGGUACUAAUAGUAUAAAAUCAAGUCCUCUUAUCAACCUCUCAUUAAAGUCCCAACUAAAGUGUAUUAUAUUGAUCCUUACUUAUGGAUAAUAUAUUGCUUCUCUCCCAGUGAUUAAUGACCAUACUAUUGUUUUAACAAAAAUUGCAAAUAAAUAUUAUUUUGUCCCCAAACACUUCCCCGAUCAGCAGUAGAAAAUAUUUAUAACAUACAGUAGAAGACAAAGCACUCAGAUUGGUAAAAGUUUCACACAUUAAAAAUAAUGUGCCAGUGAUAGCAUUUGUGUCUUUGUGGAGCUAAUACCUUCAGUGCAUUACCAACCAUAUGCACGAUUGUAUAGUCACUGAAUCAUAGUACAGCUACUCUGUGCACUGGUUACUAGUCGUGACUGGUUGUAGACAAAUGUUGAAUAUGGAUGAAUAUUUUUCUUCUGUUUUAACAAUUAUGGUAACCUGUAUUAGUUUACUUUAAAGCAAAUGUUGUGCCUGAUUGGUGUAAACCUUAACUACAUAUGCCUGUUUUUCCCCUGAAAUGACUGCACUGUUGUGAUGAUAAUCUUUUAUUAGUUUUGCCUCUUCCUGGACUUUGCUUGCGUGUACAAAUGGCUAGACCAAACGUCUGUGUGCUCUUGAGUAUCGACUGGUAAAUGUGUUAUGCUGGCUGGGUGGAUAUUGCUUGCCCUGUGCUGACAUCUUUAUUGGUUGAUUUGUGAGAAGUACGUGGAAGACCAAACACAAUCAGUGAAGAAAAGCAAUAUUUCCUGAAGGCUGUCUGGUGGCUUACAUAAGCAGCCUCUUCUCAGCAACUGAAAUUUAAUAAUAAUGUCUGUUCUUCAGUAGACGACAACGCUACUGAAGAGGAAUUGGUGUGCGUGUGUGUCGAUGUGCAUGUGAGAGAGAAAGACACAGCCGGUCUGCCAUGUGUGGAUAAGAAUAGAUGAGUCCCAAAGGAUUUCAGACAUUUUCAGCUUACUCAUCACAAUGUUACUACAGCUCAUACCAGUCUACAGUUAGUCAUGUUAAUGGUGCAGGGAUGGUGCAACACAUGUGGUAAAUGGAGGGGAACAUAUUACAUAAUCUGUCCAGUUUCUUUCGGUGCCUGGAAUGGUUUGAAAUUAUUAAAUACAAGUGUUGAUAAAAUAUGAGCUUUGAUACUGAUUCCAAAACAAAUGUUCAUUUUUCAGACUUUCUACACAUUUCAGUUAUCUUGGUUCCAUAACACCAUAACAUUUCAUUUCAUUUUUCUUUUCCCAAAUGACUAUUCAUUUCUUAUUUUGUUACUAAAUGGUCAGGGCUUCCAUUCUCACAUGCCACAUAUACAAUUUGAGGCUGAGUUACACAAGAGUUAGCUUCUCAUUUCCCUACAGCUAGCUACUGUCUAAUUAACACCGAGUUCACGAACAGGUUGAAAUGUCUCAACAUAAUGCUUUGAGUUACUUGCUUUAGAAAAAGAAUGAAGUAAGGAGGGAUUAAAAUAUACACAUAGGAGGAGAGACAGGAAGGUC